UUACAGAUAUUUUAACCCGCACCCGCACCCCCCUCCCAUGCACGCAUAGGCCUACCCUAGACUCCCUAGGCAGCCCAUUGCCUAUUGCGUUAUCCUAAUAACAUGAAUAAUGAUGAACGACGAGGCCGGUCCACUGCCAUGACAUCGUAAGGCAGGAAAAAUCGGAGCAGGCCUCACUCCAGUGGUGAACAAACCAUACCACUCUUCCCACCCAUCAUGCCACUGCUGCACAGUGACGUGAAACUUGCCAUUGCAGGAUCCCUGGACCAGUUUUUCAAGGACCAUGAACACUACAAGGAUUCUUCCCAAACAUUGAAAGACCAGACCAUCCGAAGUGUAGGACCAGAAGGUCUCCUCUAUGUCAACCAGAGAGAAAUUGCUGGAACAACACCAGAAGAUGGUGUAAUAAAAUAUCUUGGAACGGAGGAUGCGACAACUUGCCAUAUUCUUGUCUUGAGACACUCGGGAUCUGGUGCUGUAGUUUUGAGCCACUUUGAUGGGACCAAUACAGAAGAGGGUGUCAAAGUUGUCAUGACGUUAAUCAAGGAGUUAUCUCAAGGCAUAGAGGGAAGAAUGGAGCUUCAUCUGGCUGGUGGUUUCUGUGAUGAUAGACAUAUGUCUGUAAAACUCUCCUUAGAUAUACUUAAUGCUUUUAGCACCUUCGAAGAAAAUGUCCAUCUCCUCACUGCGUGUAUAACAGAUUUGAACAAUGUCAAGAAGAAUGGGGUCGACUUUCCUGUGAUAUAUGGAUUAGCUGUUGAUGUGAAAACAGGAGAUAUAUUUCAGGCAAAUUUUCCCGAAAAAGGACCUGACAUGGACAUACGGAGUGCAAGAAAUUUCACUGGCGGACAUGAGCUUGUAAAUAUAUAUGACCAUAAAACCAACCUGAUGACAAUCGGACCUUUUUCAUAUGAACCGUUAAGUUACCUUGACUUCUGGAUGAAACAGCCUGAUGACUUCCUGCUUCAGAAUCUCUCCACCUCCCCAGAGCAAGAACCACCUGGCUUCAUUCAACAUAUAAAAGAAACAUUAGCAGUGAUGAAAAAACAUCCUCGUCCGAAGCAAACUGUUUUUCCAGGAAAUAAGGGACACGAGUACAAGAAAGAACAAAAUGGCAGCUGGACUCUUCUCAAGUGA